GUGCUCUACAGCGGCGUCAGCUUCGCGUCGUCGUGCUCCGGCUUCGACGAGCUGACGGCGACGGAGGUCGGGGUGCUGAGCAUGUCGGAUCAGUACGAGCAUUUCUCGACGGCGCACGAGUACAUGAAGACGGAUUUGGGCAGGCAAGCCGCGAAUCGGAUGCUGGAGAGCGCCUUGUUCUUGAUCUCCGGCGGAACCAACGACAUGCUCGAUAACUACUACGCGCUGCCCAUCAGAAAAUUGAUGUAUUCCGUCUCUGCAUACCAUGAUUUCUUGCUCAAAAAUCUUGCAACUUUUGUCAAGAAAUUGUACAUGAAGCAUGCUAGAAGAGUUGGAGUGUUGGGGCUGCCGCCGGUGGGAUGCCUGCCGGUGGACAUCGCGUCGAGCUCGCGGCUCAAGCGUGAGUGCGUGAGUUCGCACAACGCAGAUGCGCAGCUAUACAACGACAAGCUCAAGCAACUCCUCAAAAAGUUGGCCAAUGACUUGCCCGAUUUGAAAAUCACUUAUGUCGAUAUCUAUAAUCCUUUGAUGGAUAUGAUCAACAAUCCUGCCAAAUAUGGGUUUGAGCACACACUUGAGGGGUGUUGUGGAAGUGGUUCGUGGGAGUUGGGACCUCUAUGUAGCCAGUAUGCUGAAGUAUGCUCAGAUGCAUCUAAAUAUAUAUUCUGGGAUGCUGCUCAUCCAACUCAAGCUGCUUAUGAGAAGCUUACCAAAAUACUUAAAGACAACUCACUUUCUACUCUAUUGAAUUAAUUAAUCACAUUCAUCCCUAGAUAUUUAGUUUUAUGAUUUUGCUUUUUCCAACUAGUUAUACUCUGUAGUCUAUUGUCUUGGGCAGUUUUUUUUUUGUUUUUCCUCUUUAGUUCAAAAUGGCCCUCUUUAGUUAUUUUCAUAGUUUUUUUAUAGAGGUAGUGAUCAGUUU